UGUUAUUACAAUAACUCAAUUUUCUAUUUUUGUUGCAGCUGGUACACAACCCUAUCAAACAAAAAUGAUUCAACAAUUGCCGAACAUCAUGCCAGAUAUGAUGAUUGUGUUUGCUAUGCCGGUGUUGACUCACUGCCCAGUGUUCACUGACCACACAGACAAAGACCAAUUGGCCCAAAUGCAGACUUGUCUAACUCACAUUUUAGAGCCUCUGAUUGCGCAGAAAGAUACCUUCUGCUUUGGUUACUACAAGGAGCUCAUUGAACAAAUGAAGAAUCAUUACUUGCCCACAGCUAAUGAUGACAAUAACAUCAAUGUGAGAUUGUGGACCCUUUGCGAUCUGGCCAUGACGGUUCUUGUAUCAAAAACAAUAAAUUUCGAAAUGCGUAACUUCCCCACCGAACCAAGAAUACCGGCCAUGUAUUUCAAGAGAAUGGAUGACUCCAUCGACAGCAAAAAGAACUAUCUGCCGCCUGAUAUGCAGGUUCCGAAGAAACUUUCACCAAGCACAGUGUUGGAAGAUCAGCAAGCUCAAACAGCCAACACUCGUCAGAAGCGACGACUGAAAGGCCAGACUAACAACCAGACUGCAUUUCCCGAAAUCGAUGUUGAGCCGGCUGCUGCUUCUGAGACAAGAAUCCAAUUACCAGGAAUGGAAGAAGAUUCCGAUGAAGAUCGUGAACCUAGUUCGAAAAGAUCAAGGAAUUCUACAAAGGAUAAUAAUUGAUGUCUUUGAAAUCCGUAAUUUCAAUACUGCAGUAGAAGAGGUAGCAACUGAGUGAAAUGAAAUGGUUAAAGUUGAUGGAGAGGGAAUACAUUUAUCUCAUACAAAUAUCACUUCAUCGUCCGUCAAUGUUAUUUUACUUACUCUAUUUAUUUGGAGCACAACAAACUCAUCGGAAAUUAAAAAUUGUUUUUUGAUGAAGGAUCAGCCAAAGAAACAAACAGUAGCUGCUCUUUAAUGUUAACAGUUGAACUGUAUGUCGAACCUGAAUUAGAAGAGCCACCACAACCACUUCUAACUGAAGCUGAUGCAGCUCAGUCAAUU